CUUCUCUUUGGUAACAAUAAAACUAAUAAACACCGACGAGAGGAGUAACCUCGAGUUGUUGAUCACUAUAUAUCAUCUUUCCUUUUUUCCUUCUACAUUAUUCUAUAGGAAAGAGGGAAAGAAAUUAUAUAUAUCUCAAAAAAAAAAAAAAACGAGAAAAAUUAAAGAAGAGAAAAGAUGGUGGGGAAAAUAGUGGUUUCGUUAGUAUCCUUGAUUCUUCUAGUUGGUGUGAUAAUAGGAGUGGUGGUGGUUGUACACCAAAAUGGGAAUCACAAAGAAGAUCAAAGCACCAAAGUCCAAAUGAAGAAAGUGCAUGAGUUUUGUCAAGCAGCUGAAUUUAAAGACUCAUGUGCCAAGAGUCUUGAAUCUGUAGCCAAAAACGAUACAGCUACAAUUAAUGACUAUCUAAUGGCAGCCUUCCAAACUACAGUGGAAGAAGUGAAGAAAGGACUGCAGGAGGCUGGGAAGACUUCUGUGAACAAAGACAGCGAUCCUUACAAUCACAUGGCAAUAGAGGAUUGCAAGGAGCUGUUGCAAAGAGCUGUCGAAGAACUUGAGGACGCGCUCAGCUUGGUUGGAGAGACCGACACUGAAUCACUAAAUGAAUAUACAUAUGAUCUGUUGAACUGGCUCAGUGCCGUCUACUCCUACCAAAGCAUGUGUGUUGAUGCCAUCGACAAGCCCGAGUUAAAAACCGCUAUUCAAAAUGGCGUUGUCAAUGCCACACAACUCACUAAUAAUGCACUCAACAUUGUAGCCAAGAUUUCAGACCUCUUCCCAUCCUUCAACAUUCAAAUUCCUGAUAAUCUUAUCAACAGCAGCGACAGCAACUCACCUCAUCGCCGUCUCCUUGAGGCGAACAAGAUCGAUCAGGACGGUUACCCUACAUGGUUCCCCGUUGCUGACCGUAAGCUAUUGGUAAAAUCCGGAAAAGGAAAAGGACAAGGUGGUGCUGCUGCUGGGGCUGCUCCAGUACUUCCUCCAAUCGGUCCCGGACCAAUUACUCCUCACGCAGUAGUUGCCAAGGAUGGCAGCGGCAAAUUUAAAACCGUCACUGAUGCAGUCAGAGCAUACCCACCAAACCACCAAGGUAGAUACAUUAUCUAUGUCAAGGCCGGCGUUUAUAACGAACAAGUCCUUAUCGAUAAGAAACAAACAAACGUGUUUAUGUAUGGUGAUGGCGCAGGGAAAUCUAUCAUCACUUGUGACAAAAAUGUUAAAAUAUCGAAAUUCACCACCUCCAAAACUGCUACAGUCGCUGUUGAGAGCGAGGGGUUCAUAGCGAGAGGAAUUACCUUCCGCAACACAGCGGGUCCAGAAGGGGAACAAGCCGUGGCACUUAGAAUCAACGGAGAUAGGGCGGCCGUAUUCGACUGCAGUAUGGAAGGAUUUCAAGACACCCUGUACUAUCAAUCCCAUCGCCAGUUCUACCGCAACUGUGUCAUCUCUGGUACAGUGGAUUUCAUAUUUGGCAUGGGCUCGGCGGUCAUCCAGAACAGUGAGAUCAUUGUGAGGAAGUGUGGCCCGAAACAGAAGAACACAGUCACAGCUGACGGCAGGGAAUUGCCGAGUGAAAUCACUGGAUUGGUAUUGCAAAACUGCAGGAUAGUACCAGACAAAGAACUCUUCCCAGUGAGGUUCGCGGUAGAAUCUUACUUGGCCCGCCCAUGGAAGCAAUUAUCCACCAAUGUGUUCAUAGAAAGCGAGAUUGGUGAUUUCAUUAGGCCAGAAGGAUAUCUCAAAUGGGACGACCACCCAUUCCAUCAAACAUGUUUAGUCUAUGAGUAUGCAAACAGAGGACCUGGUGCUGCUACUAACCUUAGGAACAAACUUUUCAAGAAUUUCAAGGUCCUUAGCCCACAAGAAGCAACUAAAUACACGGUUGGGGCUUGGCUUAGAGGUAAUGAGUGGUUGCCUGGAACUAAUGCACCUUUCUACCUUGGUCUUGGUGGGAAAUAAUUAAUUUAACCACAUUCCUACUUCUCAACCCUAUAUAUAUUUAUUUAUGCAUAUUAUAUUGCAUAGGAUUCGUUUUUGUUGGAGAAGAAUCGAUCAUAAUUGUAAGUAAUUAGAAAUUACAUAUGCUAUAUGACAACAUAUUUCAUUUUUGUGAAUGUAAUAAGGCCAUUAUAAAUUUCAAUGUU